GCAGCACUGUACUCUCCUUCCUCCUUCUUUACCUCUCAUAUUCAGAAUCCCCACCGCCCUGUCAGAGCUGGGACUAUCAGCACACCAGAUAAUUAUCUAGUGUUCUAAAACCAAAUGCCAAAAUGGAUGAAAAGUGUCGGAGCUUGCUGCUUCAGAACAGAGCAGCGUUGGCAAUGGACAUAAAGACAUCCUAUAUUAUGGAUAAUAUGAUAAGCGAUGGCGUCCUUACUGUGAAAGAGGAGGAAAGUGUAAAAGCCCAGGCCACAUCGCUGGAACGUGCUAAUCAUCUUAUUAAUCUAAUUCUUGAAAAAAACAAUCGUGCUUAUAUUUCCUUUUUUAAUGCACUGCUGCAUGAAGGAUACAAAGACCUUGCUUCUCUUCUUAGGGAAGGAGUCAACAUCGAUCUUUCUACCAGCGGCAGGCAUAUCACCACUGGCAUCACGUCAUAUGUUAAAACCGUGCUCUGUGAGGGUGGGGUGCCACAGAGACCUGUUGUAUGUGUCACUCGACCUGAACUGAUUAAGGAAAUUCAGCAACGUUUAAACGAUUUGAAAGAUGAUCCAGGCUGGGUUACUGUCUAUGGGAUGGCCGGCUGUGGGAAGUCUGUCCUAGCAGCAGAAGCUCUCCGGGAACACCGGAUAUUGGAAGGAUGUUUUCCUGGAGGCGUACAUUGGAUCUCUAUUGGAAAACAAGACAAGGCUGGCCUUCUGAUGAAGCUCCAGAAUCUAUGUAUCCGUUUGGAUCAGGAACUGAAGUAUUCUCAACGCCCGCCGCUAAACAUCGAGGAAGCAAGAGAUAGACUCCGUGUGCUGGUAAUGAAGGUGUAUCCCAGAAGCCUUUUAAUAUUGGAUGAUGUCUGGGAUUCCUGGGUGCUGAAAGCAUUUGAUAUUCAAUCUCGUGUUCUUAUCACAACGAGAGACAGAAGUGUGACUGAUGCAGUCUCUGGGCAUAAAUACUAUGUCCAGGUGCACAACGAACUAGAGGUCAAGAAAGGACUUGAAAUCCUGUCUCGCUUUGUGGAUAUGAAAGAGCACGACCUCCCCUCUGAAGCUCGUGCCAUUAUUAAAGAAUCCAAAGGCUCACCUCUCGUGGUAUCGUUGAUCGGAGCCCUUUUGCGCGAGUUCCCCAGCCGAUGGAAUUUUUACCUCAAGCAACUCCAGAGAAAGCAGUUUAAACGAAUCAGGAAAUCCUCUUCGUAUGAUUAUGAGGCUCUAGAUGAAGCAAUGUCAAUGAGUGUGGAUAGACUGAAAGAAGAUCUCAAAGACUAUUACAAAGAUUUCUCCAUUAUAGAAAAGGAUGUGAAAGUGCCUACACAGGUCCUAUGUAUCCUGUGGGACAUGGAGAGUGAGAUUGUGGAAGACACAUUGCAAGAGUUUGUUAACAAGUCUUUGUUAUACUGUGAUCGCAACGGGAAAUCCUUUUCAUAUUAUUUGCAUGAUCUACAGCUGGAUUAUCUUACAGAGCGGAAUCGAGAUCAGCUCCCGGAGCUUCAUUCCAAGCUUGUUGGCCAGUAUUAUAAACACUAUGCAGAUGCCUUGCCAACACCUGACAAAGAAGAUUGUGCAUAUUGGUAUCGUUACUUAGCCUACCACAUGGCUCAGGCCAACAUGCAUCAAGAGCUCGCCUCUCUCUUGUUUUCACUAAACUGGUUGGAUGCAAAAACAAAACUUUAUGGACCAGCCCAUCUUCUUCACGAGUUUAUGAAUUACAGGAAAAUAUUAGAUAAACAGGACAGCAAAAUUCGUGAACAGUUUCAGAAAUUUCUGUCUGCAAAUGGACAUCUAUUUGGGCUAAAUCCUCCCAUAAACAUUGUGCAGUUGGGCUUAUGUCAGCCUGAAGACUCUGACAUCUACAGACAGGCACUCCAGCAAGCCAAGGAAGAACUCAAAAAUGGGGGUUUCUAUGUCAACUGGCUAAACAAACGGAACAUGGAGAGCCUGCCCAUUCUGACUGUGCGUCCACACACAGAGGCAGUGUACCAUGCGUGCUUUUCUUCUGAUGGACAGAGAAUUGCGUCUUGUGGAGUUGAUAAAACCUUUCAGGUUUUUAAAAGUGAAACAGGAGAGAUCCUAUUUCAGGUAGACGCUCAUGAGGACGACGUGUUAUGCUGUGCGUUCUCCGCUGACAAUAAGUUAAUAGCUACUUGCUCAGCAGAUAAGAAAGUGAAAAUUUGGAACUCUCAUACAGGAAAACUAAUAAGGGAGUAUGAUGAACAUUCAGAGGCAGUGACCUGCUGCCAGUUCACUAAUGGAACCUCGCCGUCGCUGCUUGCCACUUGUUCCCAUGACGGCUUGCUCAAGCUGUGGAAUUCUGAUCUGAAAUAUUGCCAGAAUACACUGUUUGGUCAUUCUGAUUGUGUGAACCAUUGCAGAUAUUCCCCUGACGAUAAGUAUUUGGCCAGUUGCUCUAUGGAUGGAACAUUAAAGAUUUGGGACGUAUCCUCUGCUAACGAGCAUCAGUCUAUCGAUGUUAAAACAGACUAUCAGACAAAUGAUGGAUCACAGAUUCUGCUAAAAUGUUGUUGUUGGUCGAAUGAUGGCAGUAAAGUAAUGGUAACAGCACGUCAUUACCUCUAUAUUUUUGAUGUGGAAACAAGUGACCUUUUUUCUGAGCUGGAAGUGUGUCAUGAAAAUAUAAUCCUAUACUGUGACUUUUGUAAAACCGGUCCGUACGUAGCAAUGGCGUUGUCACACUACGUUGUACAGAUAUGGGAUAUAAACUCGAGCACCAAAAUAGCGGACUUCAAUGCACAUUUCAGCUGGGUUUACUGUGUGGCGUUUUCUCCACAAGGGUCGUCAUUCUUAACUUGCUCUGAAGACCAGAUUGUGAAGCUAUGGGAAACGAAUAAAGUUUGCAAGCCAUCAGGUACAAUCUUACAGCAGGAAUAUGACGUGGCAUUCUCCGGGGAUGAAGUUAUUGUCCUGGUCCCUGACAAAGAACAGCGUCUUCUUCUAAUUAACGGGAAGAGCGAAGAUGUGGUGUUUGAGAGCAGCGCACAGGAUGUGUCUAUAACUUGCUGCUGCCUCAGCAGUGAUCAGCGGCUAGCAGCCUUUGGAGUGGAAGAUGGGGCUUUGAAGGUGAUAGAAGUGCCUAGUGGAAAACUCCUUCAGCACUUAGAUGGUCACAGGCGCUCUGUCCAGCACUGCCAGUUCACAGCAGGUGGAAAAAGUCUUAUUUCAUGCUCAGUAGAUUCCACAAUCAGGGUUUGGGACUUGACCACUGGCCAAAGCAUGGAGUUAAAAGGACACAAAGAAUCUGUAAAGUGUUUUAAAAUGUUACCAAAUUCCAGGCUCUUGUCCUGGUCUUUUGAUGGGACAGUGAAGAUAUGGGAUCUUGUGACUGGAAGCAUGGAGCAGGAUUUUCAUAGCCAUACUGGGACAGUUCUUUCAUGUGAUAUUUCACCUGAUGCCACUAAAUUUGCAUCUACCUCCGCUGAUACUACUGCCAAGAUUUGGAGUUUUACUGAAUCCUCUCCUCUACAUGAACUGAAUGAUCACCGCGCCUGUGUACGUUGUUGCAACUUUUCCCCGGAUAGUAACUAUUUAGCCACCGGAGAUGAUGUUGGUGAAAUUAUGAUCUGGAGUGUGCAAAGUGGGGAACUGCUCAGACAGUGUCGUGAACUAUCUGUGAAAAAAGAUGAUGGAUGGAUGACCAAUGUUUUCUUCUCCCCAGACAGUAAACAAAUAGUCUCUUCCAGCGCAUAUGUCAAAUGGUGGGAUGUCGACACUGGAGUUUGCAAACAGACGUUUUACACAAAUGGCACAAAUCUCAAGUCGAUACAUUUGUGUUCUACAUUUAGAACUUUUGUAACCAUUGACAAUCUUGGAAUUCUGUAUGUACUUCAGCUGGUGGAAUGACAAUAACACGCAGUGUGCAUUAAAUAUUCUUUGCCAUUAGGUUCUUUGAUAAUCUACCUUGUACAACAGGAAGCAAACUGGGUAAACCUACAGGGAUCUUGCUCGGAUCUUGGCUUAGAACAGCUCUCAAAUCUGACAUGCUGGGCUUUUUAAUUGCCACUUAGCGGUAGGCGGAGUAGCGUUAGACUGAAUGUCUCCUAAUCAUUUUAUUUUUUCCUUAUGUUGUCACAGCAAUACAAGAAAAGGCGAACACAGGACAUAUUUGUAACUUAGAUGGUGGCAGCUUUUAAAAACCUGGUACUGUCUUUAUUCUUGUGUUUGCAUGUGUCAUAAAGAAUGUUCUUUUGUAUACAGCUACAAAUUUAAUGGCACUUUUAAAAUUGAUUUUUUUUUUCUUUUAUAAGCUGGUCGUACUAAGUUUAUAAAGUGUAUAGUCCUGCCCUGGACUUUAUGACUUAUAUGGGAGUGCCAUUAUCUUGAACUAAAGCCAUAUAUUAUUACCCCUUAAUAAUAUGAACAGGUAUUCAAAGAAAUUCUCUAACUUUUUCCUUAGUCUGCGUGUGACUAUGAUGUUUAUUUACUAAAAUAAGGGAUUGUGGAGCAUUGAGAAAUGAAUUUCCAAUUUUAGGGUAAAAUAGCCGAAUUGGACAAAUUGUCAAGCUUUCUAUUUUGUCUUGAUAUUAUUCCGUUGCCUUAUAAAUUCUUCGAGUUAUUGACUUUGUCAUUGAGCCUCUGUCUAAAGAAUAUUGGUAUUGCAACUAUUGGUACUGUUGCAUUGUUUACAACUCCUAGUAGCUGCAGUUAGAAUUUUCACCUCUGUACAUGUUGGGUAUUAAUAGGAUAGCCGUUUUUGUGUAAUCAAAUGAGCAAUUCAUUUUUGUGUGUACAUAAAAAAAAAAACAUGUUUUAUAAGUAGAGUGAAUUCUCAGGCAAUGCUUUUGCACACUUUGGAAUAUCAACCAAAUAUUGUAAACUGUGAAUUCCGACAUGGGCCCUGAUCUUGUAGAAAUCUAAGCAAUUGGAAUGUAUUUGUGAAGAUCUGGUAAUAACCUUUUAAACUUUUUUUUUUUUGCUAGAUAUAUAGAAUCAUUAAAUGCAAAUGGGAUGA